ACGGUGGCCGACAGGGGCAAAUGAACUACAACUUUCAAGAACUAUCCAAACACAAAUGUGCCGAAACAAAUGCAACUGAAGAAAUAUCUUCACCAACCUAAUGAGACUCUUGCAACACUGUCAGCGGUUUGACCUCAGUGGGAAGUAAAUCCGUGGGAAAAGGGAACCGAAUGCACAGAGGAUGAAAGAGUGGAGCCUGAGAGAUAACCACUCUGCGCAGCAACUUCAUGUGAUGCGGUCCUACUGAUACGGACUUCUUUUGACUUUCACAGAUCCAAAGAACGAUUAACAGAAUGGACUCAAUGGAAAUCGAUGACGACAUAUAUAUAAAUAAGCACCUCUCAAUGGACGGCCUCAUCACCAAAGGUGAUUUCCAGAGAAGAAAGAAGCCGUCUAGAUGUGCGUCUGUGUGUCUCGGGUUACUGUGUGCCGUCCUGCUGGCUGGUAACAUCGGACAGUUUGUUUACUAUGAGAUAUUCAGCCGUCCAGCGUCAGCAGACCCAGUGCAGGAAGGAUACGUUCAAGAUCGUCCGCAGAGCAGUGAUAACAAUUCAGCUGCAGAGAGGAAACAGUUAGAGACAAACAGACUGACAAACCUGACUAAAGAAAGGGACCAGCUGCACCAAAGUUACUAUUCUCUGACUGCUGAAAGAGAUGAGUUCAAGGCCAGUCUCAACAAUCUGAAAAGUGAAAGGGACGUGUUGCAAGCAAGUAAAGAGCAGCUACAGAGCAAUUACAGUGACCUUCAAAGACAGAAGGAUGAGAUCCAGACUGAGUUUAGUACGCUGAGCGCAAACAAAGAUCACUUACAGAGCACUUACACUUCACUGAAGACGAACCACGACCAGUUGCAACUUAGUUACGAUUCUGUAACUGCUGAGAGAGAUGGGUUCAAGGCCAGUUUCAAGAAUCUGCAAAAAGAAAAGGACCAGUUACAAGUAAGUUAUACCGUCUUAAAACAAAAGACCGAUCAGUUUCAGACUGAUCAAAAUGAUCUGACACAACAGCUACAGACCGACUACAGUCGCCUGCAAAGAGAAAAGGACGAGCUGCAGACUGAGUUCAGUACACUGACAGCAAACAGAGAUGAGCUACAGAGCAAUUACACUUCACUGAAGAUGAGUCAGGACGACUUGCAGAAAAGAUACAGUUCACUAAGUAUUAGUAGAAAUCUUCUUAAGGUCAGCUACGAUUCAAUGAGCGAAGACAAACAGCAAUGGCAAACCAGGUAUGACACUCUGCAGAGGGGACAACAGCAGCUAACUCUCAAACACAAUACCUUGCAGAAAGAAAAAGACGAGUUGCAGAGUUCCUUUAGUACGCUGAGAGCCAACAGAGAUCAGUUACAGAGCAAUUACACUUCACUGAAGACGAACCAUGACCAGUUGCAACUUAGUUACAAGUCUUUGACUGCUGAAAGAGAUGAGUUCAAAACCAGUUUUAACAAUCUGAAAAAAGAGAGCGAUCAGCUUCACACUAUCCAGCAAAAUCUGACUGCAAGCAAAGAGCAGCUAAAGAGCGAUUGCAGUCGCCUGCAAAGAGCAAAGAAUGGGUCAGAGACUUGGUUUUCAAGGCUGACAGUAAACAGGGAUCAGCUACAGAGCAAUUACACUUCCCUGAAUAGGAAGAAGGACCAGUUGCAGAAGAGCUACAAUACCCUUAGUAGGAGUAAUAACCUCCUUGAUGCAGCGCACAAGACACUACGGAUAUACAAAGAACAAUUGGAAACCAGGUUUAAAUCUCUGCAGAGGGAACACAGUCAGCAGCAAGCCAGUCACAGAAUCCUUCGGAGAGAAAAGGAUGAGCUACAGAAGAAGAUCGACAAAAUACGAGCCCGACCCUGUAAGAAAGGCUGGAAAAAGUUCGACAUCAGCUGCUACUUCGUCUCAUCUGUGGAGAAGAACUGGACCCUAAGCAGAGAGGAGUGCAUCGAAGAGGGAGCGGAUCUGGUGGUCAUAGAAAGCCAGGAGGAACAGCAAUUUGUCAAUAAGAUGAUGCUUGAAGCCCAAAAUGCCUGGAUUGGUCUGACUGACAGUCUGGACGAGGGGACUUGGAUGUGGGUGGACGGGACCGACGUCACCACAACGUUCUGGCAGCCCGGGCAGCCCAACAGCUACAAUGGGAACCAGGACUGUGGAGAGACCGUGCAGAAGAACCAAGGAGUCGGAGAGUGGAAUGAUGAUGGCUGCUUUGCUGAGCAGAACUGGAUCUGUGAAAACUAACAAGGAUCUACAGUUUUAGUUUCAGGGUGGCUUUGGACUCUUGAAACUAAUUAUUUAAUCAGUUACUAGCAAUUUAAUUCAGGGACACUAAAGUCAUUGUCACCUGUACUCUCGGUGCUACUGCCAGGUUUACUCACAAGAACAUCAGUUAUGUAUUAAUCCGCACAUGAAAAUAGUCCCUUGCAAAUAUAACAUGUAGUCCAGUUUCAGGAACAUUUACUAGAAACUACCUUUCAUAGCUGUUUGAGGAAAUCAUCUAGUCUUUUUCCAAAGUUAUAGUUGUAUUAUUAAAUAUUUGUGGAAAACUUUUAGAGGUUUUUAUCUUCAGUACAAAAUAUACUAUAAUGUCAGCCUUAUAGGAAACUGUUAAAAGGUUGGUUCACAUGAAUUUCUGUCAAAUAUAUAUAAAUUGUUUCAUUUAGUUGCCAAAGUUGUUCUUUAUUAAUGAGAGAUUUUGUCCUCCAGCCAUUGAUCAUUGUAUAUUAACUUUUGAUGGCUUUGAUUCAGAUCAUUCUUGAUCAUUUCAUACGGUGACCAAAUGAUUAGUUUUUAUUCAAAGUCUAUUCUACUAUAUUAUUCUAUGGCCUUUGGCAUUGCUUUAGAUAUGUUUGCAAAUUACCAUCUGUGUGAUUUAUGAAUAUGCAUGAAUAUGAAUGUAUAUUACAAAUAAUGUAUGUUACAAAGCACAUACAUACAGCAUUUGCAUACGGUAUGAAUAAUUAACUGCAUGUGUGUGUAAGGAUUAAAUGAACUCUCCUCCCUGCAUUUUCAUGGAGAAAUUCACCAUGUGAUGUGUGUGUUAAUGAAUCUGCUAAUUAAUUAUUAAAGGAAACUUGUUUUCUCUU